CCGGCUCCCCGGUGAGCCAGUAACAAGCGAGAAGCGGAGUUCACGUUUUUUCUCGCGCACGGUCUUUUUAAAUCCCCUCUCCUAUUUGUCUCCGGCCAUUUCAACUCCACCGGCGUACCACACCGGUCCAGCGGCUGAACGGGAAGGCAUCUGUGACGUCCCAAGAUGACUGAUCAAGCAGUUUCUUUCGCCAAGGACUUCUUGGCUGGUGGUAUCGCCGCUGCCAUCUCCAAAACAGCUGUCGCCCCCAUCGAGAGAGUCAAGCUUCUCCUCCAGGUACAACAUGCCAGCAAACAGAUUUCUGUUGACCAGCAGUACAAGGGCAUCGUGGACUGUGUUACCCGUAUCCCCAAGGAGCAGGGCUUCCUUUCUUUCUGGAGAGGAAACCUGGCAAAUGUCAUCCGAUACUUCCCUACCCAGGCCCUCAACUUUGCGUUCAAGGACAAAUACAAGAAGAUUUUCCUCGAUGGCGUUGACAAGCGCAAGCAGUUCUGGCGAUACUUUGCUGGCAACCUGGCCUCUGGUGGUGCAGCUGGAGCCACCUCUCUCUGUUUUGUCUACCCCCUCGACUUUGCCAGAACACGUCUGGCUGCUGAUGUUGGCAAAGGUGGACAAGAGCGUGAGUUCAAAGGCCUCGGAGACUGCUUGGUGAAGAUUUCCAAGUCUGAUGGCAUCAAGGGUCUGUACCAGGGCUUCAGCGUUUCAGUGCAGGGUAUCAUCAUCUACAGAGCUGCUUACUUUGGCGUCUAUGACACAGCCAAGGGCAUGCUCCCAGAUCCCAAGAACACACACAUAUUUGUUAGCUGGAUGAUCGCCCAGUCUGUGACUGCAGUUGCAGGUCUUGUGUCCUACCCCUUUGAUACUGUCCGUCGUCGUAUGAUGAUGCAGUCUGGGCGAAAAGGAGCUGACAUCAUGUACACUGGCACCAUUGAUUGCUGGAGGAAGAUCGCACGUGAUGAGGGUGGCAAGGCUUUCUUCAAGGGAGCCUGGUCUAACGUUCUAAGAGGCAUGGGCGGUGCUUUUGUGCUGGUCUUGUAUGAUGAGCUCAAGAAAGUCAUCUAAAUUAUUUUUGUAUGUCUACUCUCCAUGUUGAAGUUUUACUGUAACAUAUCUUGUACAUUUGAAAGGACUUAAAUACCACCAUAUUUAUAGGGACCAACUAGUAUCUUGCUACUAGUUGUACUGGGGAACUCUGUAAUGCACUCUUCUCUCGGCCCAUGUUUUUUGUUUUUUGCCCUGCAACAGAAUGUCAUUCCCUGAAUACAGGAACCUUGCCGGAAAAACCCAAUAAAGGCAACUUACUGAGUCAAUAACCAGCUUGGUUUUUAGAUUUGUGCUGUGAGUUUCGGGUGACAAUAUGCCACUUGUGUGUGUGUCCCUGUCCUUGGUUGUCUAGUGCCAAAGGUCAGUCAUUAGGCUCAUGCUUGAGAUGCAAACUUUGAGUUUAAGAGUUCUCCAGAGAUAUGGUUGAGAGGUUGAGCCACUGACAAUGUUUCACCUAAGGAAUGCUUUAAGUGCAGGUCUAUCUGCCUAAAAAGUCA